AUGCUUGACUGUGAGGAUGGAGAGAUCAAGAAGGGACUUGCUACCAACAUGGGCGAGAUUGCUCUAUGUGAUGUCACUGAUGACGUCAUUAUUACAUCAUGCCGCCGCCCAACCUGCCGUCAAUGUAUCACAAGGAAUGCUAGAAACAUCAACAUAGAUACGUACAUUGGCGUACCCUUCGCCGAACCACCAACCGGGGCCCAGCGCUUCAGGCCCCCGGUAGCCCUUGAGUCAUGGGAGGGAACGUGGAACGCAACUUUCGCGAGAGACGCAUGUGCUCAGGCGAUAAUACGAAGCAGUGAAGACUGUCUGCACCUCAACGUUUACGUGCCAGAAAAUGCGCCCCCAGGUGCAGCAGUUAUGGUAUGGUUCCAUGGAGGGGGUUACAGCCUGGGCAUAAGUACCUCGACGUCUUACGACCCCAUCUCGCUUCUGAGCGUGGCUAGUGACGUCAUUUUUGUCUCUGCAAACUACCGUCUUGGGGUUUUGGGAUUUCUCUCGACUGGAGACGCAUCAUCACCGGGAAACUACGGGUUGUUGGACCAGGUUGAAGCCCUGAAGUGGGUGCAGAUAAAUAUCGCAGCGUUUGGAGGUGAUCCAUCCAGAGUCACCAUCUUUGGUGAGAGCGCAGGAGCAGCUAGUGUGUCCUUACAUCUGGUGUCUCCUCUCACCCAGGGUUAUUUCAACAGAGCAAUCAUGCAAAGCGGCACGUUUUUAUCACCAUGGGCUUUUGAUUACAGCCGUAAGAGCGAAAGAAGUUUAUCCGUAGCGAAGACUCUUGCCGGCCGAGUGAACUGCCCGACGGAUUCCACCAGCGACAUGGUGACGUGUCUGCGCAGUGUACCCGAUUCAGUCAUCAUUGACGCACAACAACAGAUGAUAAGUGAGGCAGCCACCACGACGAGUGACCUAGUUUUCAAGCCGGUUGUAGACGACUUCUACGUCACCGACGCACCGGAUGUUCUGUUACAGAAGGGCGCCCUCCACCCAGCUGACAUCUUAAUUGGCACAAAUAGAGACGAAGGGUCACUGUUUGCGCUGAACGUGUAUUCCAGCACUCAUCUGAACACGGACAAACCCCCUAUAAUUCCUCUAGUGGUCCUAAGAGAUCUUCUCCCGGGCUUCUCCAACUACAACCACCCGCAACUCCUGAGCGCCAUCGAACAUCACUACAUAGACUGGUCCAUCGCAGACAACUCGACCGAGGAUCAGUACCAAGCAUUCGCCUCCAUGACGACUGACAACGCGUUCGUCUGCCCCACGGAUAACUUCGCUCGGAUGGCGGCAGCGAGCGGCAACCGCACCGUGUUCAUGUACCACCUGACCCACGUUCCGCAACGCUCUAUGAUCAGCAUUACUGGAAACAUAGGACCGAAGUGGCUCGGGGUGGGCCAUGCCGAAGACUUGCAGUUUAUAUUCAUGUAUGGGCUCAAUUCUGAGAGGGCGUUCGUUCAGUCGCCAGAAGACUUACAGGUCGGGCUACAGAUGGUUGAAUAUUGGACUAAUUUCAUCAAGCAUGGAUCCCCAGAUGAACCCAACACUACUCCGUCGGACCCCUGGACCCCCUACCGACCCCCUUCAUCUACGGUAUACAAAGAGUUGUCAUCUACCAUGAAAAAUGGUCGGGCGCUCAAGGCCAAAGCAUGCGAAUUCUGGAACUCAUAUUUACCGAAACUAGCAACAUUUACAGCUAACAGUACCGAUCUGAAAGCUGAUUGGUCAAAUGAAGUCACGAGGUGGCAGGAGCAAGAUAUGGCCGACUGGUAUACGUCUUUCAAUAGUUACAAAGAUGGCGUCCAGUGA